AUGGCAACUCCACUGUCAUACAGCAAAGAUCUUGCUCUUGUAUUCGCCACACGGACAUCGUCGACACUCUCUGUGGUGGGCUCAAUAUUUAUAAUAACCACAUUCGUCUUUUUUCCCUAUUUCCGAAAGCCGAUUAACCGACUCGUCUUCCUAGCGACUUUCGGCAACAUCUUAACUAACACAGCAACAUUGAUAUCGAUCGCAGUACUACCUGAAGGUGCUUCUCCGUCUUCUAGUCUCUGCCAAGCUCAGGGCAUAGUGAUUCAAUGGUUCAUGGUAGCAGAUUCGUUCUGGGUGUUUUGCAUGUCUACCAACGUUUUCCUCGUAUUCUUCUACGGCUACGAUGCUCAGCAGAUACGUCAUCUGGAGAAGUGGUACUUUGCAUUCAGUUAUGGGAUUCCGGCCCUGCCAGCUAUCCUGUAUGUAAUCCUCGAAAAUACUGGACAUCCAGUCAUAGGGUCCGCUACUCUAUGGUGCUGGGUAGCGACUGACGUCGAGUGGAUGAGAAUUGCGUUUUUCUACGCCCCAGCCUGGAUCGUUAUAACUGCUACUCUCACCAUUUAUGUUGUUACCGGAUAUAGAAUAUGGAGAAGACGUGUUGAGCUUCGCUCCAUUUCUCGCAAUUCUCGCCAAGCCGCCGCCACGAUACAGACCCCAAACAUUGUUCCAGACAACGACAUGUUGCCUCUUUCCGAUGCCAACAACAUCAUUGUAACGACUCAAAUUACACAAGAUACGAAUUCAAUCACCUCUUUUUCAAGCACUCGGAUGCUAGCCGAGGCCAAUACCGUCCAAGAUACGACUAUAUGUAUCUCCAAAGCUCUGCCUGAAGACAUCGAAGGCCAGCGCACAGUAAAUUGUGGCCGAAAUGAACGCAGUGUAUAUAGGGCGACCAUCGUCGCAAUCGAUACAUCGGCAGAGUCUACUGAGGGUCCCAACACGUUGUCGACAUCCUUCCCAGAAAUUAAGAGAACCACCGAGGGCAAUGCUGCGGCAAUGGCAUACUUCCAGGUCGCCUUCCUCAUGUUCUUAGCGCUAUUUGUUGUAUGGUUACCCAGUAGUAUCAAUCGGAUGUUCCAGUUCGUUCACAGGGAUCCUAGCUUCUCGCUCAACAUCAGCUCCGCAAUAGUAUUGCCACUUCAAGGCGCCUGGAACGCUGUGAUAUACAUUUCUACAACCCGGAAAGAAUGUAAGCGAGCUUGGGGCAUGACCCUGUCCAGGCUUACCGGAAAGCCAUUACGAUGUCAGCCACAACGAAACGAGACCAUGACAAGCUCACAAGAGACGCGGGAUUCUACCGCCGAGAUAGCGCUCGAUGAAAUCCUCAAGGAGGGCAGUCAUUUGCGGUACUCAGAGGCUUAUAGCACCGAUGGAGUGGAAGGCGCUAGAUGCCAUCGCAACCUAGGGUCAGUCUAG